CAGGACACCUCUGUAUGUGUGCGGGGCUACGUUCGCUUUUGAUGAAAAUAAAUGAAAACCACCAACUGAGCGCCCCGUGCACUCGGUAACGUGGGUCCGGAUCGAAGCGCAGCGAAAUUUGCACAGUCGAAAGCACAGGGCGCACCAGAGGUUCGGUAGGUCCAGUGUGUGUGUCUACAGCCCGGUGGUUGCCAGCGCAGCAAAGGGUGCAGUGUGUGUGCGUGCGUGCGUGCAAGCGUGGGUGUUUUUUUGUGUUAGCUUUGUCCAUCUAAUCAAUUGCCGAGCCUGCAAAAGCGGGCAGACGCGCAAGAACGUGCAAACCUCUCGGGGCUGGCCAGGGCAGAGAGCCAGCAAAUACCAUUAAAAACGAAGAAUAAAAUUGGUAGAGUGAAGCGGCGCACCCGGUAACUGCAGGUGUGCCUCCGCCCAAAAUCCCGGCCGUACCCACAAUACCCGUUCGUUCCAUUCGCUCAGACGGGAUGGGCAGGCUCUAGCUGUAAAAAAAAACUGCUCGUGAUCCCGGUCAUCCACUAGUGCAUGUCCCCCCGGACUCCUGAAUGUUUGCUGUUAUGUUUUGUACCGUUGUACGCCGCCUCACUCGUUCCGUUGUUGCGUCUGCACCUGGACAAUUCAAGCAAACUCAACCACCUCUAUCUAUCAACGCAAAAACGCAUCUCAAACGGGCACGGCGUGGCAGCAACUCCUAAACGAGUAACCCGGGCGCGAGUGAAUCCAACCAAUGUGUGUUAAGCAGUCAGAUAAGGAGACACCGGUUACACCCUCGCCAAAUGCGUACACCGUCAUUCGAUUGCAAAUGAAGACAAAUGGAAAAUAGAAUCAAACUAACAAAAAGCAACAAACCUGCAAAAACCAACAAGCAUAACCGAAAAACACCAUUAUAAAACAUUAAACCGUAACGUUUCAAUUUGAUGAGCAUUAUUAAUAUCUACAGAGUCGUGUGACAGGCCCCGGCAGCAACAAACUGACAAAAAUGAUAACGGAAAAGCAAAUAAAAUUUACUAGAAAAUAAACGACAUGCAAAUAAUCGUAUACACCUAAUAUAACAAAUCAAACAGAUAAAUGGCAUGAAGAGCUAAAGUAAUUUAGCGAACCAAAAGCAAACAAAAACAAAAAAAACCAACAAACAAAAGCAAAAUCUUAAUUACACAAGGGAAAAUAAAGCAAAUAAGAAGACACUCGUAAAGCAAAUAAUUAUUUCAGGAAAACAGGUACUAGCGCAACACAGUGGCUAAAACAUGGGCGCUUAAAUACAAACAUACCUAGACAUAUAUUUCGUGAAAAUAUUGGAGGCAGGGUGUUACACCAAGGCCAAGAGUAGCAUCGCGGAAGGAGGAGAAGCGCCUCAAAUCGUAUCGCAACAAAACUACAAGCAGAAAAGCAAUAAUCCUAACAAAUAGCAACCAGUACAGGUUUAUCAAAUGACUCACCUAUUUUCGUGUCGCAAAAACCUUUAAAGUAAACGUAUACUCCUGCCACCACUCCCUCUUGUAAUACCAUUCCUCAUCGUGGUGACGGUGAGCAUUUUUCACAUUGGAUCGUGUUUGCAAACAGCCCAGUUCAAAUAUAUUAUCACGACGAUACUAAGAAGAGUGAGAGACUCUGAGUGUGUGUAAAAGAGAAAGAGAGACAGUGAGUGAGAGAAAGAGAGAGAGAGAGAUAGAGAGAGAGAGAGAGAGAGUGAAAGAGAAAAAAAAGUGACAGUUGAUUUAUCGACUACCUGUCAAUCCGGUACCGAGUAGUGCGAGAUUCAGUAGUGUUGCUGUUUAGUGUACCGUCUACCUACUAAGGCUCUUAAUGUGCCGUACGUUUGGGUUUGUGUGUUUAUAAAGUGCCAUCGGUAGCUGCUUUGGAACAAUGAGCGGUGAGCAAGUGUGACGCUUGCAAUGCAAUAAUCGCAACCCGAACUAACCUCAUCAAACGGUUGUAAAACCGAUGGCUACCGCUUCCAAAGCAUAUAUUGCUUCGUGCCAAUGCGUAGGAGCUGUUGGUCCAUGUGCGCGUUCAAGCGAUCGCAGUUAGUGUCUAUGCGGUGCGCGGGUUCGUGUAUUCGAUCGCGUCCGGUGUCGUGUGCGCGAUGAGGAUUGCAGCAGCCGGACAAGCGGCUAGCAAGUGUGCGCAGUGCGGUGGCAGGUAGUGCCUAGUACGAUCGAUCGCAUUGCCGAUCGAUACUAGCACACGCGACGCACACAAAAUACGAUCAAGGAAUGACGCGAAGUUCGGUGGUUUGUGCGUGAGUGAGUGUGUGUGUCUAUGUAUGUUCAAGAUAGUCACUCUUUCACACUAGGUCGCAAUCAAAACUCCACUCAUUCAGCUCACUAUUCGACUGCGCGAUAGACAACCACGAGAGGGCGACAGAGCCCAAAUAUAUACACCAAGCAAACAUUCUCAGCAACCAACCAGUACCUAGACAUAUAGAAAGAGACAGAGUGCGAGAGAGAGAGUGAAAAAGGGAACAUAAAACAAACAGUUAAUAUCCACACUUGAGUGAAAGCCUUUCUGACGUAUAUGUACGUGUAUAAGUACGUGUGAAUAUAUGUACAGUUUCGUUUGCAUUCAAAAGUGUCGUGGUAAAUUGCACUUCGGAUCCUAACCCCCGCAAACAUCCGUUGAGUCUAGUGUGCGCAUACACACCUGUAAACAGUGAAAGUUUUCCGAGCCCAACGGGGUGCUGUGUUUCAACGUGCGAACUAUACGUGCUGUAGGGCGUGAGUAGAAGUGUGGGGUUCGGUGAUCGUUCCAUCGUCUGACACGGGAAGCAACACACCCAGAGAGUGUCGCGGAAAAAUGUCGCUUGAAGAUUUGUGGUUUCACCGGUACCUGCCGCUUAGUCGGUGCGCGUCAACAACCGGACUGAGGAACAUUUCCCGGCGGCCGUCGUCAACGUCGUGGUUACUGCUGAUCACACUAAUUCUGAUCAGCGCCCCUGGAAGACUACAGUCAUCAGCAGCAGACGAUCGGGGACUUCACAAACGAGAAGCUGACUACACUCUGGAUGAUUCAUUCUGGAAUGAGGAAAGCCCAGUAGGUGAAGUCGAGCGUUUACUGAAGGAGCACCAACAAAACCAGGAGCUAGUGGAUAAGAUCGGUAGCAGCUACUACCAGAUUAUCUAUCCCGUACAGCUGCGCCAUCAUGAGAAGAUGGGCAUCUCGACGCGAGAAGUUAACCAGCCAAAGGUACGCUAUCGCUUCCGCGAACCGGCGGAUACGAACCGGACACGUACACGUAAAUCUUAUUAUUAUGAAGCUAAUUAUGCUGUGUAUGGUGGUGAUGAGACGGGUGGAACGUUUCCACAGCGUGGCUAUGACGGUAGCUACUCCGGCAGUGGAGGUGGCCGUGGUCGAUCGAGGACUGGGAAGCAUUUUCAUCGAACAUCACUUUUGAUAAAAGCUUUUAACCAUAAAUUUCGAUUAGAUUUGGAAUUAAAUACACAAUUACUAGCUCCCAACAUUGUACAGAAGCACUAUCUACCUAGCGGGUUCGCUCAGGAUUCACAUCGAGAAAUUGAACACUGCUACUACCACGGUACGGUUAAAGACUAUCCGGGAGCUAGUGCAGCCUUCCACACCUGCAACGGUGUCAGCGGUGUGAUACACGUCGGUAAUGAAACGUUUGUUAUUCAUCCAUUUUACGGAGGUGAUUUAUCGCAGAAACAUCCACAUGUUAUAUUUGAAGCACGUACAAAAUCAAAUAAAGGCUGUGCGAAUUCUGGCAACCUCGAGUGGAGGACGCGAUCGAUACGCCGCGGCAGCAGCCACCAUGCCGGGUUAGUGGAGCUGAUCGAUCGCAACGGUGCUGGCCGGUACAGGCGGGAUGUGCGCGAAACCACCAAGUACAUCGAAACGGCCCUCAUUAUCGACAAGGCGAUGUUCCAGAAGCGCAACGGCAGCACCCGGACAGAGGUGGUCCACGAUGCCAUACAGGUGGCGAACAUUGCUGAUCUGUACUUCCGUACUCUGAACACACGCGUGUCCGUUGUAUAUAUCGAAACAUGGCAGGGCCAAAACCAGGCCCAAAUCGACGGAGGCAAAGAUAUUAGCAAAGCAAUAUCCAAUUUUAACGAUUAUACAUCUAGGAAUUUGUAUAAAAUAGAUAAAGAUACGACCCAGCUGCUGACUGGCGAGACAUUUGCAGGCGGUGAAGUUGGCAUGUCCGUUCCGGAAACCGUGUGCACACCGAAGGCUGUUGGCAUAAGCGUAGACAUGAAUCCUUAUGAGCCGCAUCUGCUCGCCGGAACGAUGGCGCACAUGAUAGGACACAACAUUGGCAUGGGUCACGACGAUAAUCGUGACGAAUGCAUCUGUCGCGACUGGCACGGUUGCAUUAUGUCGCAAUCGAUUGUCGGUCUGGAGAACGUACAGCCGUACAAGUUUUCCGAAUGCAGUCGACUGGAUUACAUCGAUGCGUUGCGCAUCGGACACGGUCUCUGUUUGUUGAACAAACCGAAUGAGGUGGAGCUUCGUAAGAACUGCGGCAACGGGAUCGUGGAGGAUGACGAGGAGUGCGACUGUGGCAGUGCACUCGAUUGCGACAAGACGGAUCCGUGUUGUGACGGCAUCACCUGCAAGCUAAAAAAGGAGUCCCAGUGCGCGACUGGGCCCUGCUGUGAUAAAUGUAUUCUAAAGCCUCCGGGCGUCAUAUGCCGCGAUGCGCACAACGAGUGCGACCUACCCGAGUACUGCAAUGGCGAGUCUGGCCAGUGCCCGCCCGAUGUACAUAAGAAGAAUGGCAACCCGUGCGGUAUGAACUCUACCGGCUUCUCUACAGGUUACUGCUUCAACGGUGUUUGCCCUACGCAGGCCGCCCAGUGCGAGCGAAUCUGGGGUUACAGCGGUACUGGUGCCGAUCGAGUGUGCUACGAACAGUUCAACUCGAAGGGCUCCAUUAACGGCCAUUGCGGCAAGGACGCCAAUGGCAACUACAUCAAAUGCGAGCCAGAGAAUAUUCAGUGUGGUUCACUUCAGUGCAAGGAUGGCGACCGUACGCCAGUGGAGGACUGCUGCGAACAUUUGUACUCGCGGGCAAUCAUCUCCAUACGCGGCACGGAGUACGAAUGCAAGUCAAUCACUGGGGCGUCCACUAACUCCAACACGCCACCGUACGGACUGGUACGCGACGGUACACCGUGCGGUGAUAAUCUGAUCUGCGUCAAUCAGACUUGCGUCAGUAUCUUUCCAUACAUCGAUCAAACAAAGUGUCCGACGAACCAUAACAAUCUCGAAUGCUCCGGCAAUGGGGACUGUACCAACAACAAUAAGUGCUUCUGCAAGUUUGGCUGGACUGGCCCGGAUUGCUCAAUUCAGGCGCAUAUCACUACCACGUACCCGUCGCUGAUCACGUCCACCACGUCGGAAAGCACUAUCAUCAUGGAGAAGAAAACGACUCGCUACGCCAACUACCACGGCUCAAACACAGUGUUUCUAGUCGGUGUUUUAAUGUCGGUUGUUGGGGGUGUUUUUAUAACGUUUGCUCUGAUGGCUUUGUGCUACAGGUCAGUUGUAGUACAUAAUAACUUCUCCUUGUGCCUAAGAAAGAAAACGACGCGCCUUAAGUAUGACCCACCGUACGUGAAGAAACCGAUGGCGAAGUACGUUGGGGGCGCCACGGCGGCAAACCAUCACUCGCAGGACGACGUUUCACUGGAGGGCUCGAACAAGAUGAUGUUCGGCAAUCAAACAACCCAGUUCAGAGACCACAAAGCCAUCCGCCGAAUGACCGGAUCAGUCAGCGAGGACGACCCGACCCAUUCCGGCGAGGAGGAGACGGUAUCGUUCAUCGAUCUGCCACCGAACAGUCUGCUGAACAAGCAGAUGCCGGAGAAGGGUAUCCUGAAGAAGCACGGUCUCGGACUGGUGCUGGGCGACGGGACCAAAGACAAGUGGCACGCGGCGAACGAUGACGCGCAGUCCGAUAAUCUCGAAUUGAUUGCUCAGCAAGAAUCCACUAUUCCUUCAUCAGGUGGCCAGGUGGUCGUCGGAGGCGGCGGCGGCGUGGGCGUCGGCGGUGGCGUGGGCGGCGGUGUCGGUGGUUUGGGCGGACCAGGCGUCAUCGGGGGCGUCCUCGGCGGCGGUGUUGGCGGCGGUGGGGGCAUCAUUGGCAGCGGGGGUCUCGGGCCGGGCGUUGGUGGCGUGCUCGGCACCGUCUCAGACGUGGAACGGACGAUGAAGAGCCUGAACGGCUACCACGAGGACAUCCUCGAGGCGCUCCGUUCGGCCGCGCAGGCCCAGCGGAGCAGCGCGAACACUCCAUCCGGUAGCAUCAGCGAGGAGCUGCUGCGGAAAACGCUGGCCGAGUGCGUAACCGGGUCGCAGAUCAGUGCCGCCAGCGUCCAUCCGCAGGAUCGCGAGUACAAGCGGAGCGUCAGCUCGCGCACCGGCAGCCGGGAGAACGUGUGCGAACCGCAGCCGCACGUAUUGAGCGACGCCGGCCAGACGGCAACGCUGCUCCAUCAUCACCGCCAGCAGCAGCAGCAGCAGCAACAGCAGCAGCAGCAUCAGGUCCAGCAGGGUCUGCUGGGGGACGAGGACGAUACGCCCUCUGUUGGGCCGCUGCGCAUCCGCAACCUGGAGGACUUGAUCCGCCAACUGGAGCACCAUUCGUCGCGGCACAUGAGCCCGAGCGGCUCGGAAGAUAUACGCAUGUCUGAGACUGAGGCCGACCGGCACUAUAGGGUAGAUAGUUCAGCCGCCUGUAGCGAAUCAUCCCAUGGCUCGAAUCAACAACUAGCUCAGGUACAAAAAACCGCCACUAUACUGCCACCGUACAGCAGCCGCUGCCGGCCCCCACGCUCCGACGACGAGGGCCGCUUCUCGUAUGGAGGCGCCGGUGGCCCCGGUGGCGGUGGUGGCGGUGGCGUCAUGGUCGGUGCAGGCGGAGGCAGCGGCACCGUUUCCGGGACAGGGCGCUACCGGCAUCCGGCCAGCAUACGGCACCAGGGCCACCAGUCCCAUUCGCCUCACUCGCCUCACUCGUUUGCCCACCAUACGCACCACGGGCACGCGCAUGGGCACUCCUCCCAUGCCGGCCAUUCGUCGCACCAUUCGUCCCACACACACCUGCACCAGGAUGAGGAGGGCAUCUACGAGAGUGCCGACCCGGUGCAUCCGCACGCACACCCGCACGAACGAUCCGGACUCGACCAGCGCGACACCAACGAUAGCGAAAGUACCUGAGCGGAACCGGCGUUAUUCGGCAUGCGACAACCUUGGCUAUAGUUACCAUCGGUCCCAUACUUAUGGCUCCGUUUAUGGUAACCGACCGGUCACAAAAAAUGGAGACAGGCGGAGAGUGAGAGAAAGACACAGUAAACAUCUACACAGGUGAUAGUAAGCGACAAGAAAAAUGCCAAGAAGAUAAAUCCUUAUCAAACCUAGAGCAGUGAAAUCGAGUUUCUUCAACGUGAACAUAAAAGGGAAAAUAAUAUGAAUGAGACAUGAAAGGAUAAACUAAAAUGGUACAGAUACCUAAAAAAACAAACGAGGAAGAAACGUAUUAAAUUUGAUGAGAACUAUGGUAGAUAAUGUGCAUUUCAGAGACAAAAAUCAUCACAGCACCGUUACUGUUUUAUCAUACUUUCUUCGCAUGGUUUUUAUAAAGCCGUGUUCACACAGCCCAUAUCCUACAAGAAAAUAUCUGCUAAACACACUUUUUGUCUACAAAACCGGGAAAAUCGUGUAGCCUUCGAAAGCCGAGCAAUCCAAGCUAUCCAUCGCUGGAUGGACAACAAGAAUCUAUUGCUGCAAUCUUUUGCAAGACCGAAAGCAUGUUCGCGUUUCAACAUAUUUUUUUCGAAUGCUCCCUAUGCCAAAGUCUUCUAACUGUGGUAUAGUAUAGUUUAUGUAUAUAACAUAUAAGAAUUAUAUAACAAGAACCCGCGUUUUUACGAUUUUUUGUAUCCGUCCUCCAUUUUCUGACGAAUCCUUUUCUGGCACUUGUUUCUGGCAAAAGGGGAAAGAUUUGCAAACAAAGAUAUGACUUGUGUGAGCGUACCUAAUGUUUGUCUUUCAUUUGAUAUGUUUCUUCAAUACUGUUCGGAAUGCUUUUUAUUGUAUCGUAUAUUGUCUUCUCAUCGUAUAGUCAUACUUAUUUUACAGGAUGUUUCGAGUCAAUAACGAAUGUAAAUAGCAUUAUUAAUCGAUUGCGCGAUGUUUUUCAACGACUGUCGAAAAUUUAACAUUUAACAGGUGAAGAACCCCGUUUUUGACCGACAAAUAAUGCAGUUAAUAUUCGAAACUGACUCGGAGAACCCUUUAUUUACAUACAUAUAUUUACCAUUACAACCAUGUAUGGCUCAUAUUUGAUCUAACAUGCUCAUUUCACCAUACUAUGUUGAGUCGUAGUAAGAGAACACUUUAGUAAAGAAAAAUGAAAAACAAAUAGAAAUCUAAAUGCUCAUCUUAGCCGGAGUAGAACAAUAGUGAAAACACCUCAAAACAGCCCAUUUCAUGCAAACGUCAAUUUGGUUUGAAAAUAUCGAAACGCUCAUUUGCACUAAGCACAAUUAGCCUUGCUAAAAAAAAGCGUCGCAACCGUGCACAAACAUACGCACACACAAAUAUGCACCAGGCACUCAAGGGACUCUUCCGUGCGGUAAAGGUUAGGGUUACCCAUAUACUUUUCGUACCAAAGUUUGGUAGUUACUACUCUAUUCAGAGCAAUUGGUUGUAUGCCAGCGUGUCAAAAAUAUUCGCGUAUUUUUGCAUAGCCGUUACAGUAAAUCUCGACGAUUAUGCAUUCUUCUUCAAGUGAAGUAUGGGAUUGUGACACUGUACAUUUGACAUAUGUGUUUACGCAACAUUUAACAAAACACGGUGUACUGUAAUCUCUUGUCGCGUGUGCAAUGGCUUUAUAAAAAAUAUGUCAAAUGUUAAAGUGCCAGCCAGUCUUGUACACCGCCCAUGUAGACUGGGUGCUGUCUCAAACUGAAUGCGACCACUUUGUUGUCGAGCGCAAACCAACACAGCAUAACGAGAUGUGAAUGACGAAAAUAAGUGAACAAAAAAGGCAAACAACUGUCGUUCUGAAGCACCAACAACAACAAAAUGAAGCAUGUCAAGCAAACACACACAGACAAAGGGAUAAUUUAAUAACGUAUAAAAUUUAAUUAAAACAAACAACAGAAACGCUUCAGUAGAGAAUAAAAGACAGUUUGAUCGAUCAUGAAAACAGAAGGAAAACAAGAAGGAGAGCUAUGAAUAUAGAAAGACAGAGAGAACGAAGGAUAAACAAUAAACUUAAACACAAUACUACAGUAAUUGAAGAUAUCAGUUGAUACAAGUAACUUCCCUCAUCCCUCGCUGUAUCAACCCAAUCAACAUCUCCUUCUUUAAACAGAUAAACAUGAGCCGGAUGCUGCGGAACGUAAUGAAUUGAAGGCAACAACCAAAAACAGGAGUCCACAAGACGACCCUAAAGAAAGUGUUAGUUGAUAGCAGUACAACUAACGUACACGACCAUGCAUACAGGAGAUAGAGGAAGGAAACGAAGAAAACACAUAGCCCUGAUAAUGAACUCUUAUAUAAUAAAUCAAAAUAGAAUAAUUCAUCCAGUCAUUAUAUAGAAUGCGUAAAUGUAGCACAUGUGAGCGAAAAUGAAUUAAGAAGAAAAAACAGUUGAAGACGAAAAGAGAAAACGGUCACAUUUAUGGUAUGAACGUGGAAUGAAAAAUUGUCGUAAACGUUAUUCUAAAUUAAUUGUACAUAUUUGUCACUAGCGUCACUAGUUAACUAGAAGUUAAGAAAUAUAGAGCUGAAAUGAAACAUCCUGUGUACUGCUGAGGGUAAAGAAUAUAGCGAGAGAAAACUAAUGCAGAGGAAAUCAAAUUCCCAACAACAACAAAAAUAACGAUGAGAACACCGAAAUAGUCGUUUGGUAGUGACGACGCGUUCGACGUAUAGUAUAAUACAUGAGAGUAACACAUAAAACACACACACUCACAGGCGCACGCGCACACACACACAUACACACACACACAUACACUGAUACAAUCAAGCAAACGUACAUCUCAAUUAUGACCGUAAUAUUACUAUCCUCUUUUACUGGCAGACCAAUAAACACUAACACACACAAACAUAUAAACAGGACAACAGAACUAAUAAACUGAGCAACAAUACAGGGUUUUCCAAGUUACUUUCGAAUAUUAACAUUAUUUUCUUUCGCGAACAAGAAGUUUUUCCACAUCACUCUGUUAUUUCAUUUCCUUCACGAUAAUUUUUAAUUUCCUCAUAAUGAUUUUUAACACUUCAAUGUUUUCAACCCCCGGUGAAAAAAAAACAAUUGCAACAGAUCGUUGAAGUGUUGAAAACCAUACUGAAGAAAUUAAAAAUUAUUGUGAUGGAAAUGAAAUAUCAGAGUGCUGUAGAAUAACAUUUUGCACACGGUGAAAAACAAUGUGUACAUUCGAAAGUGUCUUGGAAACCCCUGUAAAACGCCAUAGUUUAAAUUGUAGCUAAUUCAUUCGAUGGCAGAUCAAGACCACCAGGCUACAACUCUUAUACAUGUUAAAAAUACUUUGUUUGUAGUAAAUAGUGGUUCAGUAUAUGUGUUUGCUAUGUUUAUAAAUAGUUUUACAAAGAAAUGUUGGCGUUUUUUUUUAUUAUUCGGGCAGCUUUAAUGUUGUUUAAAAAAAUAAAAUAUUUACAUGCAUAUGUUUACAGAUGCUAGAACCUGAGAUUUAUUUUACUGCCUAAUUAUCAUAGAAAUCACAUACAAAUUACCUUUUGUUCUAACAGUUUUAAAAGUAUAAUGAUAAUACUAAACUUUUUAGAACCAAUAUACUCCAACACACAUGUGUUAAUAAUAUAACAAACACGUAUACAUCCCGAAUCAUAGAUCUACCACUGUCUAGCAUAUGUCAUGCUGACAACAAAGGGAAUGAACAUUAGGAAACAGGAGACACACUCCAAAAUGACAAAGGCAAACCAUAAAAUCAUUGUGCACACAUGAAAUACACCGCUCCACACUCUCGUUGCAGGUUUUUCAAAUCAUUUCCGCUGUCUUCUCGGAACAGAUGAUUGUCAUUUAAAAAGAGACUGUUAGCACACCCAGGUGUAGACACAAAACACUUUCCAUGUACUUUAAUACGUGGCUGUAAUAGUUUGAUGUAGUGAAAUACCAUACCGUUUUCGAGGCAGAGUACUGGUGGAACAGGAGCAUCUUUCUUUCUUCUUUUGUGAGAAAAGCGCAGAGGAAAACAUGUUCAUGACGCGUGAUGAAUAGUUAAUGAGUGGUUGUUGUUGUUAAACUAGAAAACAGUGCAAGAAAUAAUAAGGAAGUUACACAAAACAGGAAGAAAACCCAAGCGAAACUAACUAAAUAAAAUCAAAAGCAAAGAAAGGAAAAAUAAGAAGAAGAAGAAGAAGAAGAAGAAGAAGAAGAAGAAGAAGAAGAAGAAGAAGAAGAAGAAGAAGAAUAAGAAGAAGAAGAGGAAGAAAUAACAAACAACAUAGCAAGAAAAUACUACUAGGGAAUAAAACGAAAUGACGUCGGUUGUAGGUUACGGCGCGAAAAAGGUAAGCGAUGAAAUGCACAUUUCAAACAUGUCUGGUUAACAUUUCGUUUUCUUUUUUUUCUGAACCUGUUCCAAAUUUUAUCACGGAAUUCAUAACGCAGCGCAAAAAUUGAUAACAUAUGAUAAAGUUGUAAGAAAAAGAAAAAAAUGCAAGAAGAAAAAACAAAUCUCCCAAACUAAACAUUCAACAGGAAACUGUCAAUGAACAGAUACAGGAAUAACAAAACACAUUCUAACGCAUUAGCAAAUCACAUUAGAGGUGCACCAAAUAGGGGUUUGGGAAAGACAUGCUCACACUAUGGACAUUGCGUUAAGUAAAAAAAAGCUAGACGAACUAACAUCGAAUAAACAAUCUAUCACAAUCACACGCAUACCACACACAUAGGCACAGCAUAUACAACAUUUAAAAACCAGUGUGCUAACGUGUUUUUUAAUGCAUCGUCUCAAAGAAAAUAACAACAACAGCCACAACAACGGUCAUGUAAAUAGUGCAUAGGAGCAGAUACUUGAAAGAAAAACACAAAAGAGAAACAAUAAACUAGCACAAAAACAACGGUAAGGAGCUAACUGCCUGUGCUCGAAGCGUUAGAGAAACUGAACUUAUAUAGGUUUUCUAUCAUUUCAACGUUACAUACUUGCACGAAACAUAAGCAUAAAACUCUAUAGUUAUUUUAUACAUUUUAUAAGCUAAACUUACUUUGGUACCAACCAAGUGCACUAAAUUGCAAAUCGGAAAAUAUACUAGAUACAUCAGGAAAACGUGAAAGCUGCUCAAACGUUUGAGUAGUACACACGGUAAAACCGUAGCUCUAAGUCCCACAACCAGAAUGAGACGAAAUUUCAAAUGAAAUAAACCCCAAUUGACUUAUGUACAGGCGAACGUUAUUGAAAAGUAGUUUAAAAAAAGAGCAGGAGAUUGAAAAAAAAAUUACAGAAAACAAGCAUUCUUACUCGACUGACUCAAAAGGAAAUGAAAUACCGAAACUACCGCUAGACAUACCAUAUACAACCACACCCCGAAACACACAAUCACGUAUCAUGCACAUUUGUAAAACUAAAAUGUCAAACAGGAAACCGAACAGACAAAACGCAUUUUAUGUUUAUCAUAUCAUAAUGGGAAAGGAAAUAGACUAACAUGGAAAAAAAAUCAACUGUUCAUUCAAACUCCUCACAACCCUUUUCCGACAAAGAUCGUAACGUCUGAGCAGCAGAAGGCAAUAAGAGGAACAAAACAAAAACAAGCAACCCCACGACGUUCGUUCAUACCAAGCUAAUGCAUGAAAAAACAUGGAAAACUAUAAAGCAGGCAAAGAAGAAAAUUGAGCGUUACAAGGUAAUCGAAGAGAAAGCAAAGGAAAACAAUACUCUUGUUAAGCAUUGGAAGAAGAACAAAAAUUACAUCUCACAUAAUACUGCCGUUUUUUGGACAAAACAAACAAAGGAAGAGAAAAAGAAAAUACAACACAUCCAAUCACUUUAACAAAGAAACACAUACACACACAUUGAGGUAGGUAAGAAAAAAAUGUGGAAAAAUAAAACAUAUUUGUUACAUUAUUCCGCUAUGUGUCAUAUUAUCUCCAAGCAUAAGUUUUACUCGGUGACUCAAGAAAACGAAAAAAAAAACAAAAAACAAACACAAAAAUACGAUUACUAAGAGAUGUGUAAAGCAAAACACGUAAAAGUAGAAAAGAGAGAAGCAAAAAAAACAUAGAUCACAGAAAUAUAGAAACACCUAAAGAACGGGAACAGCGGCAAAGGUUAAACUGCCGAUAUUCGGAAGGGCUAAACAAAUCUCCGGCAAAUGUGAAGGGAUUUACAAGGCGAGGGCCUCAAUAACUUCCUUAAGUAGCAGUGGUAACAUUUACAAUUAGCAGCAACUCACACACAUACACCCACACACACCCAGAAUACACUCAUACAAACACAAAAACAUGACGCGUUUCCGAGGAUCGCAUGGAGUAGUGGAAGGCAAUUGAAAAAAAAAAUGGCAUGAAAGAAAACCAGCCUAACGGCAAGAGAUACACUAUGUAUACAUUAUACACUUUUACACUGCAAACAACCACACAUUUACACAAAAUUCUACAUUAAGGAGACAGACAGAGUUUAACAAGAGAAAGCAACAAGCAAAAGAACAUGAAAGCAAAACAACUAGCAUUGGAAAGGGUUUUCGGAUCGUAGAAAGCUUGAUAAGAAUUCGAAUGUGGAGCGAAGAAAUAGUGGUACACACAGCAACAACAACAAAAUACACAUAUAGGACAAACAAAAAAACAUGCGAAAUGAGAUCGGCGAAUAGCUAAGGAGAUAGCAGGCGUGCGUUAGUGCAAUGUGUCGACAGGGACAAGAGGGACAAAGUGAACUUUGUGUUAAUUUUUAUAAUUGAAAAAUAAAAUUACAGUUAUUGAAGAAAAAUUGUAACAAAA